GACAGCCCAAAAGGAAAAAGCAACACAUUUUUAUUCACGCGAGAUUUCCCGGUAAUUAGUGGGCGCGAAUCGAAUCAAUAAGCGGUAGUGGUCCUCGCUGUGUGCUGUAUUUUGUGUGCGGCUGCCGCAAACUAGGUAAGCAGGGACCAAGAUGUCUAAACGGAAGAGCAGCCCUGUCAGUGACAACACCAACAAAAGGGUCAAACCUGCGGUGGAGGAAGACGUGGAAGAUGACAGUGUUUCUGAUAGUGACCAGGAAGAUCCUCUACCGAAUAGACAGGUACCAUGUGUUGAUGAGGUAGUGAGUGCAGGAAUUGUGGAGAGCAUCACACUGAAGAACUUUAUGUGCCACUCUCUCCUCGGCCCGUUCACUUUUGGUUCCAAUGUCAACUUUGUUGUUGGCAACAAUGGAAGUGGAAAGAGUGCCGUUCUGACAGCUCUCAUAGUUGCCUUAGGUGGGAAUGCACAUGCCACAAACAGAGGAUUAUCACUCAAGGGAUUUGUGAAGGAAGGAGAAAGCUCAGCUGAUGUAUCGAUUACCCUGCGUAACAAAGGAAAGGAUGCUUACAAACCUGAGGUGUAUGGUCCAGCCAUCAUAGUAGACCUGAGAAUAACACGUGAGGGGUUGAGAACCUAUAAGCUGAGGAGCAAGUCAGGUCAACUUGUGUCAACCAAAAAGGAAGAGCUGUUGUCAAUCUUGGACAAUUUUAACAUACAGGUCAACAAUCCUGUGUCAGUAUUGACUCAAGAGAUGAGCAAAUACUUCCUUCACUCCAAAGGAGAGGGGGACAAAUACAAGUUUUUUAUGAAAGCUACCCAACUGGAGCAGAUGAGAGAAGACUUUACCUACAUCAAAACCACCAAGCAUAUCACAGAAGAUAAAGUUGGGCAACAUAGCGAAUGCUUGAAAGACUUGAAGCGAAAGUACCUGGAGAAAGAAGACCGUUACAAGAACCUGGCGUCAUUUGAUGAAAUGCAAACCAAACUGGAGGAGUUGCAGAAGCAAAUGGCUUGGGCUUUGGUGAUUGAGAUGGAGAAGGAGUUGGAGCCAAUGAAGGAGAAGCUGCAGUCAGACAGACGUUCUACAGAGAAAUAUGAUGAGAAGGUGGAGGAAUGGAAGAAUAAGCUUGAGGAGGCUGAGAGGAAAUACAGGCAGAUCCAGGAACAGUUGGAGGGCAUCACAAAGCAAAUCCAGGAGAUCCAGCCCAAAUGUGCUGAGCUCAAAACCGUGGCCCAGAAACAAAAUACCCUUCUCAAGUCCAGCGAGGUCACUGUUCACAGAUGCAAGGCUAACCUGAGGGACCUGGAAAAGGACAAGGAUCAGCUGUCCGCAAGGAUAAAUGAUCUCAAGCUGAGCAUCAGUCAGACAACAGGAGCGGAGAGCCAGGCCAAGACAGAGCGUAUGGAGCAGAUACAGACGGGGGAAAACAUGAUACAGCAGAGUGCCACUCUAGGCCAGCAGAUUGACCAGUAUGAGCAUGCCUGCAGCCGUGCCAAGGAAGAACAAGGAAAGAUGAGGAGAGAGCAGGAAGUGCUUCAGAGGUCCAUUGAUGCCAACAGAAGGAACUUGCAGACUAUGGAGAGCAGUCGGUCUAAUCGCCUGCGGCGUUUUGGAGAGCACAUGCCCACACUCCUCAACGCCAUCCAGGAAGCUCAUAAAAGGGGGCAGCUCAAGCAUAAACCUCGAGGACCUCUGGGUCACCUUAUUAGCUUGAAGGACCCAGAGCUGGCCCUGUCUGUAGAAGUAUGUCUCAAAGGCCAGCUGCUGGCCUUCACUUGUGAUAACUACGAUGAUGAGAAGGUGCUGAAGGGCCUCAUGGCCAAAGUGUUACCAACUGGCCGUAGACCUGUCAUCAUCACAAGCCAGUUCCUCCCAAGUGUCCAUGAUACAAGAUCGAGGGGUGUGAAUCAUCCUGAAUACCCGUCCGUGCUACAAGCUCUGGAAAUUGAGGACCCAGUUGUGGCCAACUGCCUUAUUGAUCAGAGGGGUAUAGAGAGCAUUCUACUCAUUAAGAAUCGAACAGAGGCUCGAAGACUGAUGCAAGGGAAAAACCCCCCUCGGAACUGUAACCAGGCCUUUUCCAAGGAGGGAGAUCAGAUCUUUAAUAACCGUAGUUACACCGCUGAGCAGACCAGAGCCAACUACCUCUCGGGAGAUGUUGAGGAGGAAAUUAGGCACUUGCAGAGGGAGAUUGAGAACCAGAAAGCUCAGGCAAAUCGCUUCCAACAACAAAUGAAAAAGUUAGAUGAAGACGUCAAACAGAACGAUGCGCUGCUGAGAAGAACCCACGUAGAGCAGAGGACUACCAAAGGCAAGAUCACUAAGCUACAGCUGGAGCUGACAGACCUACAAAAUGUGGAAGAGUCUCAGUCAGAGGACCUCAGUCCCCUGGAGGAAGAUCUUCAGGAAAUUGUUGCUAAGAUCUCGUCCAAGCGUGCCGAGUACGAAGAGGCACGAACUAAGACGGCUGAGCUGAAGGCCUCCUAUGAAAAGGCAGAGCAGGAGUACAAGCAGCACAAAGAGCAGAUCAACACAGUCGCUGAGGAUGCCGACCCAAUCAAGGAGGAGCUGAGUAAGGCUGAUCAGGAGGUGAUGAAGUGCAAGCAUCACAAGAAACACUAUGAGGAGAAACGCAGUGCCCAUCUCCGCAACAUACAGACACUGCAAGCCAAUCUGGAAAGCAAGGAGCAGGAACUUCAGACAUCUGUGGCCAAAGCCACAGAAAUCUGUCCAGAGCGCCUGGACGUACGACGGACAGCCAGGAGUCUGGACAGUGAGAUCAACCGGCUCAAGGUUAAGAUCACUACCCAGCAGGAACAACAGGGGGACCGGGAGGAGGUUGUGAAGCAGUAUAAUGAGGCUCUGGAGAACUACAAGAACAUGGCACAGCAAAUGAAGAACCUCACCAGCUUCAUCAAAAGUCUCAGUAAUGUUAUGAACCGUAGACUCCAGGUUUACGCUGAGCUCAAGAAGCUACUCUCCGCCCGCUGUAAAUACUACUUUGAUAGCAUGCUGGCCCAGAGACGCUACACUGGAAGUAUGACCUUUGACCACAAGAAUGAAACCCUCUCCAUUUCAGUGCAGCCAGGCCAAGGAAACAAGGCUGACUUGAGUGACAUGCGCUCUCUGUCCGGAGGCGAGCGCUCCUUCUCCACUGUUUGCUUUGUUCUCUCUCUUUGGGCCAUCACAGAGGCGCCUUUCCGCUGUCUUGACGAGUUUGAUGUUUACAUGGACAUGGUGAAUAGGAGGAUAUCAAUGGACAUGAUGCUGAAGGUGGCUGCUGGUCAGCGCUUCAGGCAGUUCAUCUUCCUCACCCCACAGAGCAUGAGCUCUCUUCCAGAGAGUAAAAACAUCAGCAUCCUCCGUCUCAGAGAUCCAGACCGUGGCAACAACCCACAAAGAAGUCAAGACGAGGACCAAUAGUAUUGCUAGCUGGUAAUUUAACAUCAAAUAGGUUGAUGAGACCAGUAGCAGGUGCCAUUACCGCCAUCAUUUUGUUCAAGAAAGAUUCUAGAGUGGUUACUGUCAGUGAUUGAAAUACACAUGUUUCAAAGUUCUGUUUAGUAGGCAGUGUGGUAAAUGUUUUGUUCUACAACACUGAACGCAAGUACCAACAAAAUGUUGUAAGCACUGAUGUAUCGAGGGUACUGGAAAUCUGGAAGUAUUUGUAUAUCCACUGCUUAAAUAACAACAGUCAUUGUAAGAUUUUUAUUUUAAUAAUCAUUAAACCAAACAAAGAGACAAAUGUAAUGUUGGUGUUUUAUAUGCAUGGAAGCAAAUUUCAGGACAUUUUCUUCCUCAAGUCUGUCUCUAACUGGAUGUCAUGAUUUAUGUUCUUUGUUCUUUUUUUACCACACUGACCGGACACAGUAAACAAAUAAUCCUGCUGUUUUCCUCAGCUCAUUAUUUACUGGAUAAAAGGAAUUUGUAUAUGGAUCUGUGUUGAAACAUUCAAUUUGAAACCCAUAUUAAGGUCACUCUUGUGAGGAGGAAGGAUUUGGACCUUUAAGAGCUUUGUGCCAAAUCUUUCACACAAGGCGGUCCACUGGAAUGCACUUCCACUGUUAAUAUUUAAUGAACACAAAACUCUGUUACUGUAAUAGUUUUAUUUAAGGCUGGGAAAUUUAUCAAAUUGCAUUGAUAUUGUCAUAUGAACUAGAUAUCGUCUUAGAGUUUGAAUAUCAUUGCAAGUGUUAUGUUUUCUUGGUUUUAAAGGCUACAUUACUAGCCUGGGAAAACCCUGAUGAACUUCUGGUAAAUUUGAGAUGUGGUCUCAGUCUGGCCAAAAGCCCAUUCAAGCCAAUUUACAAUUUUUCCAAAUUGAGGCACCAAUCGCAACCGUUGAGCUUUUUGUUUACAUUCAACACGGCAGCCACUGAAGCACAGCAACCUGUUGAUGCCACUGUCUUUGCUACGUCAUCCAGAUCGUUGGUCUGAUUGGUGGAAGGUCCAUCAAUUGCGUCCAGAGACAUUUGAGCGGCGUCUGUUGGUGACGCCCCUUUGGAAAUGAGUUGUGAAUUAACCUUCCCCAGUCUUUGAGAAUCUGGUGUCAACCAGGUGACUACAUUACAGUGAAGGGAUAUGACUGUUCUGCCUGUUCAAAUAUAUAGAUAUUUUAUUCAUCCCGAAGGAAAUUUGUCAUUAGAUAUCCACAUUACUGAUGAUUAUCUAAGAUCUAACUGUGAAGAUACUUUGUUAAAGCACCAAUUCACAACCUUAGAAUAUCAAUGUGAUAUUGAGGUAUUUGGACAAGAAUGCUUUGAUGUCCGAUUUUCUCCAUGUCGUCCAGCCCUAGUUUCACUUUGGUUGAGUUAAUGUGAACCACAAUUUUUUUCAACUUGGCAUUUAUCAACCUCAAUCAAAUAGAUUAAAUGAGAUUCUUUUAUUGAAAAAAACCCCUGCAAAACUGAAAAUAUGAAUUUGCUCAGUAUGUGAGCUAUUUUAAUACUUCAUGUUCUAUGCUGUUAUUGUAUAUCCCCAUUUAGAUUUUGGAAAAAUCAAACAACUGAAUUGUGUACAGCUUUAGAGCGAAUCACUGAAAGGUCAAACUUCUAAAAUUAAACUUAAGCCUCCCAUUUAGGAUAAAAGGUUGCAGUUAUGAUUACAUAAUUACAGCUAUGUUCUCUUUAGCAACCACACAAAGAUAAUGAAAGAGCUGUGUCCAGUAUACAAGCUACAUAGAAGUAAGGUUAAUGACCCAAGCAAAAGACAUUUUCCAGCCCUGACAGUGAAGAAUGCUUUAUUACAUGCUAUUGAUAAAAUAAACUCUUAAAGCGGGUUGCUUUCAAA